AUGUCGCAACCGCCACCGCCGUAUACCAGUCAGCCAAUGCCUUAUAAUCAUGGCUACAUGCCGCAGAAUCAGAAUCCUUAUACGCCACACGCUGCCUAUCCACACGGCUACUAUAAUCCGAAUCAACCGCAAGUUGUCUACGUUCAACAGCCAGCACCUCAACGACAGGAUGAUCACAAUUGCUGGCUGACGUCGCUUUUGGCCCUGUGCUGCGGUUGCCUUGUCGGAGAGGUCUGCUGCGAUUCGCCGAUGCUUUGCUGCGUUCUACCAUGCCCCAUUCGGAUACCAUUUCGACUCCCAUAA